AUAGUACGUGGUGGGCGUUUAAGAAAGUUCCCCGGAUGCAGUUGUGAUUGACUGUACCCUGCUAAAAAGUUUCGCUCUAGUCGAGAGGUGCGUCUGCAGCCCGUGUGGUAGGUCGGUGUUAGGAAGGCAGCAGGACAGGAGACAGAAUGCAGAACGUAAAGUGUGUAGUGGUGGGGGACGGUGCCGUGGGUAAAACAUGCCUCCUCAUCUCUUACACCACCAACGCUUUCCCUGAGGAGUACAUCCCCACCGUGUUCGACAACUACAGUGCCCAGAUGACGGUUGACGGCCGCAUCAUCAGCCUCAACCUGUGGGACACAGCCGGACAAGAGGAGUAUGACCGCCUCCGUACUCUCUCCUACCCCCAAUCCAACGUCUUCGUCAUCUGUUUCUCCAUCGGGAGUCCUUCAUCCCACGCCAACGUCCGCCACAAGUGGCACCCGGAGGUGUCUCACCACUGCCCCAGCGUGCCCAUCCUCCUAGUGGGGACCAAGAGUGACCUGAGGAAUGAUGGGGAGACGGUGAAGAAGCUGAAGGAGCAGGGUUUAGCUCCCAUCACAAAGCAACAGGGGAACAGCAUGGCUAAGCAGAUAGGAGCGGUGAAGUACAUGGAGUGUUCCGCUCUGACGCAGGAAGGGGUCAGGGAAGUGUUCACCGAGGCAGUACGGGCCGUGUUGUAUCCCGUUACCAAAAAGAAUGCCAAGAAGUGUGUACUGUUGUAAUGGAGGGACACAGAUGGGGAGGAGGAGGGAGAGACAAUGACGGCGCAAGGUUGAGUUUGUUGGAGGAGAUGGACUCAGCCCCCAGGCCUCUCGGCCCCCUCUGCCUCUCGGCCCCCAGGCCCCUUUGCCUUUAAAGACUCUUGAUUCAGCUCACUUCUCUCCUUCCUCCAUCCCCUCAAAAUCCAAUCUGGAACUCAGUCAGUUCCACUGCUUUUUUCCUUAAUUCCCCUCUAAUCAGGGACUGAUUUAGACCUGGGACAUCUGGUGUGUGCAAUUAAUUACAAGGUAGAACAGAAAACCAGUUGUUCGGACCUUUGUAGGGUCAGAGCUGAGUACCCUGGCUCUAUUCCAUGUCCUCAGAGUUUAAUCCACGUCUAAUUCUAUCAUCACCAAGGUGACUAUACCAACAGGGUGCAGAUAGCCUCACUCCUCCCAGUCCGCUCCAACCUGUUAGUGUUGUCACUUGACUCACUCCUCCCAGUCCGCUCCAACCUGUGUUAGUGUUAUCACUUGACUCACUCCUCCCAGUCCGCUCCAACCUGUGUUAGUGUUAUCACUUGACUCACUCCUCCCAGUCCGCUCCAACCUGUUAGUGUUGUCACUUGACUCACUCCUCCCAGUCCGCUCCAACCUGUGUUAGUGUUAUCACUUGACUCACUCCUCCCAGUCCGCUCCAACCUGUGUUAGUGUUAUCACUUGACUCACUCCUCCCAGUCCGCUCCAACCUGUGUUAGUGUUAUCACUUGACUCACUCCUCCCAGUCCGCUCCAACCUGUGUUAGUGUUAUCACUUGACUCACUCCUCCCAGUCCGCUCCAACCUGUGUUAGUGUUAUCACUUGACUCACUCCUCCCAGUCCGCUCCAACCUGUGUUAGUGUUAUCACUUGAUUUUUUUGUUGUUGUUGCAAUGUUUGAAAGAUGCUUCUGCAUAAAUAAUCGGUCUAUUUCGUUUCGUAUGAUCCCUUGCCUUAAGCUGUUUCUUAAUAUGCCAUGAUGACCGAUCAUCAACAUACAGUGACCUUAGUAAGAGGUUAAUCAUUACCUCAAUCAGUCCAGUCGGCUAUUCAGGCUAACCGUCAAGGACUGUUGAAAACACACCUGGAAAUAGCCUAUACGUUUUGGGCAUCUUGUUCUGUGCAGCUCUCUGCUUUAGCUAGGUGUCCAGUUUACCUUCUUAAUGUCCCUUCAAAUGGAUAUUAGCCUAAUCCAAGUAUGAUGCAAGGGCCAAAGCAAUGGGGUUGUGUGCUGACAUUUUAAAAGCAAUGGGGUUGUGUGCUGACAUUUUAAAAGCAAUGGGGUUGUGUGAAGACAUUUUAAAAGCAAUGGGGUUGUGUGCUGACAUUUUAAAAGCAAUGGGGUGUGUGAAGACAUUUUAAAGCAAUGAAUGGAUUGGUUGGAUGAAUGUUGUGAGUUUGUAUGAUUUAAUGCUGACAGGAAUGGUGGAAUGACGGACAUAUCAGAUUGUUGGUUGUAGUUAUUUAUGCCAAUUACAUUUUAAUGUGCCUUAUUGUAAGAUAUCUGACGUUUAUUGUAUCUACCUUAUUGAUUAUUUGCUUUAGAUGCCAAAACGGUUGUGUGUGUGAGAGAGAUACUAGAGUUGAUUAAACUCCGUUACAUCCUCUCAGAAGAACCAAAGCUUUAAAUGAAACCAAAGCUUCUUUAUCAAAGUUCCAUGAAACCACUUUUUGACAUUACACAAUGUUUCUCCCCUCUGUCUACUCUAAGACGGAUGUAGCCCUAUAACUGACAUCAGAGAAGUGGUGUGGGUGUUGUGGUGUGAACUUGUGUUCACAGCCCUUAGCGUUUGCCUCUAGAAUGCUACAACCUAUAUAAUGCUGGUAAAUGGAGGCUGGGGUUUGAUUACUGGCUGUGAUAACUGACAAUAACUACAACAGGAAGUAGGGCAGAGAUUGCGGAUUUUAUUUUUGGCAUUAUUUGAUUAAAUAAAUGAAAUGUGGGCAGUAUAGUCUGGACAUUGAUAGGGCAUCAUGCUGAAAAUGUACAGGGUCAGACCUAUUUACGUGUGCAUCACAAAUGGCACCAUACUGCCUUUUUAGUGCAUCAAGUAAUAGGGUACCAUUUGUGACUCACUUAGAGUAUGAAAGAAUAACCAAGAGAACAAAAAAAUGAAUUCCUAUUUUAUAUCUUUAAAAAAAAUCUAUAUAUUCAGGUGUUCAGCUGGUAGUUUGAAUAUAAACUUAACAGUAACCAAUCAUGGGAGUUCUCUCCACAGUAGGGAGAGAGAUGCAAAUUAUUGUUUGUGAGAAAAAAAUCUCUGUAUGGAAGAAACAUGUCACUCCACCUCAAGUUCUAGAGGGAGUUGACUUUUUAUUCUGUCAUGGAGGUCCUUCAGGGCUUUGUGGAAACAGGUGUUGGUUGGACAUAUCGCUGAGACUGUGUUUAGAGUGUUUAAGAGAAUGAAAGCAUGUCUGUCAGUGUAAAUGCUAUGGGUCUUGUUGUGCUACCGUGUCCUGAUAUUUACUCUGUCUAAACAGAACACACACCUGUGGCUUUUUCGUCUGUGGUCUUACAGCUAGCUGUGUGUGUGUGUGUAGGCCCGUGUUUUCAGAACUCCUGUGGCCCCCAAGGCGUUUGGGUUUUUCCCCUAGCACUACGCAGCUGAUUCAAAUAAUCAAAGCUUGAUGAUGAGUUGAUGAUUUUUGAAUCAGCUGUGCAGUAGUAGGGCAAAAACCCAAAUGUGCACCUCUUGGGGUCCCUGGGACUGAGUUUGGGAAACAAUGGUGUAGGCUGGUGUGUAUGUGUGGGGUACUCUAUAAUACACUGGGAACUUGAUUUGUUUGUAGAAUUUUUGUAAUUUCAUAUAUUCUGAACAAAAAUAGAAAUGCAUUAUGCAACCAUUUCUUUGGAUUACACUGAGGUACAAUUCAUAUAAGGAAAUCAGUCUAUUGAAAUAAAUUCAUUAGGUCCUAAUCUAUGGAUUUCACAUGUCUGGGAAUACAGAUAUGCAUCUGUUGGUCAAAGAUACCAUACAUUUAAAAAAAAUGUUUUGUCACGGUAUCUCUAUGCAUUCAAAUUCAAUAAAAGGAAAUUGUGUUCGUUGUCUAUAGCUUAUGCCUGCCCAUACCAUAACCCCACCGCCACCAUGGGGCACUCUGUUCACAACGUUGACAUCAGCAAACCGUUGGCCCACACGACGCCAUACACAUGGUCUGCGGUUGUGAGGCUGGUUGGACGUACUGCUAAAUUCUCUAAAAUGACGGAAGCGGCUUAUGGUAGAGAAAUGUAACAUUUAAUUCUAUGGCAACAACUCUGGUGGACAUUCCUGCAGUCACCAUGGCAAUUGAAACUUCCUUUAAAACAUGAGACAUCUGUGGAGUUGUGUUGUGUGACAAAACUGCACAUUUUAGAGUAGCCUUUUAUUGUCCCCAGCACAAGGUGCACCUUUGUAAUGAUCAUGCUGUUUAAUCAGCUCCAUGAUAGGCCACACCUGUCAGGUGGAUAUGAGAAAUGCUCACUAACAGGGAUGUAAACACAUUUGUGCACAACAUUUGAGAGAAAUAUGCUUUUUGGGAUCUUUUAUUUCAGCUCAUGAAACAUGGGACCAACACUUUACAUAGUGUGUUUAUAUUUUUGAUCAUUGUAUAUCAAAAGUCUAUUUGUAUAAAUUAACAAUGAAAUGAUUUUAAACUAUGCUAAAUAAAAUUGUUAUAGUUAAA